AUGCCAGACGUCUCGUCAGAGCCCGCCCGCCCGCGCAUCCUCGUCCCCGAAAAGGUGUCCCCCGAUGGCCUCGCCCUGCUGACCCCCCACUUCGACGUCGAUGUCCGGAUGGGCCUCACCCCGGAUGAGCUGGUGCGGACCAUCCCGGGGUACCAUGGGCUCAUCGUGCGGUCCGAGACCAAGGUGACGCCGGCCGUGCUGCAGGCCGGCCGCAAGCUGCGCGUCGUGGCCCGCGCGGGCGUCGGCGUCGACAACAUCAACGUGCCCGCCGCCACCAACCAGGGCAUCAUCGUCGUCAACUCGCCCUCGGGCAACAUCUUGGCCGCGGCCGAGCACACCAUUGCACUGCUGCUCGCCACCGCCCGCAACGUGGGCCGGGCCGACGGCGGCGUCAAGGCCGGCCGCUGGGAGCGCAGCAAGCUCGUUGGCGUCGAGGUCGGCCGCAAGACGCUCGGUAUCGUCGGCCUCGGCAAGGUCGGCCUCAACGUCGCCCGCAUGGCCAAGGGCCUGGGCAUGCAGGUCCGCGCCGUCGACCCCUACGCCAGCGCAGACAUGGCCCGCCAGGCCGGUGUCGAGCUGGUGCCCUCGCUCGACGACCUGCUGCCCGCCGUCGACUUCCUGACCAUCCACACGCCCCUGCUGGCCACCACCAUGGACCUCGUCGGCGAGCCGCAGCUGCGCGCCAUGCGGCCCACGGCGCGAGUCCUCAACGUCGCCCGCGGCGGCGUCUACAACGAGGCGGCCCUGCUGCAGGCUCUCGACGAGGGAUGGAUCGCCGGCGCGGGCCUCGACGUCUUCACGUCGGAGCCGCCCGAGGAGGACUCGACGGCGGCGCGGCUCGCACGACACCCCAAGGUGGUGGCGACGCCGCACCUGGGGGCGUCGACGGUUGAGGCGCAGGAGAACGUGUCCAUGGACGUCUGCAAGCAGAUGCUCGAGAUCCUACGCGGCGGGCUGCCGACGAGCGCCGUCAACGCGCCUAUAAUCCUGCCCGAGCAGUACGCCAAGCUGCAGCCGUCGGUGCGCCUAGUCGAGAAGAUGGGCCGGCUGUACACGCAGCACUACGUGCGGUCCAAGGGCGGCAUGGUGGGCGGCCGGCGCUUCGAGCUCGUGUACCGCGGCGAGCUGGCUGGCAUGCCCAACACGAAGCCGCUCUUCGCCGCGCUCGUCAAGGGGCUGGUGGCGUCGUUCAGCGACUCCAACGUCAACAUUGUCAACGCAGAGCUCAUCGCGCGGGAAAAGGGCAUUGUCAUCAACGAGACGCAGGCGCGCGACUCGCCCGAUACGUACGCCAAUCUGGUGACGCUGCGAUCGGUGGGCGAUGGGGCAGAGGGCGUCGCCGGCGGGGAGCAGCAGGUGAUUGAGGGCUACGCGUCGGACAAGCGCGUGUACAUUUCCAAGCUGGACCGGUUCAAGGCGUCCUUUAGCCCAGAGGGCACGCUCAUCAUCCUGCACAACUACGACGAGCCGGGCAAGAUUGGGGGUGUAGGCAUGGUGCUGGGCUCGCACGGCAUUAACAUCCGCUUCAUGCAGGUGGCGGGGCUGGGCGGCGACGGCAACGGCACCAGGAGCCAGAGUGGUAGCGGCUCCGACGGCGGCGGCGGCGCGGAGCGCAAGGACAACGAGGCGCUGAUGAUUCUGGGCGUCGACGGCGAGGUGGGCGAGAGCGUGCUCGAGGGGCUGCGGGCGGCCGACGGCGUGCUGGACGUGAACCUGGUGCGCCUGUGA